AUGAGGGUUCAUCCAGCAACUCAGACCUUGAUUCUAGCCUUUCCAGGUACUAUUUUGACGGGUCCUUACCGGUUUCAGCUCAUGCUGAAGAAUCUGAAACCCAUCAAGAUGAAAACCAGAUACCUCUACUGCGCCCUAACAAUCCCGUGCAGCAACAAACUUCGUGGAGGAAUUGCUGCGGACUCCUUGAGCUUCUCCGGGCUUCUCAUCCAUUAG